CGUCAGUGUAAACUUCUCACGAAUUUUCCUAAUCAUUUGGAUGUUUUCCCGGGGCCUCUAGAUUUGUACGAUGAUCUAUUUUUUCUCGCGCAUAAAACUUGAGUGUGAAAGUCCACCAUAACCAAAGUCAACACCAACAGCAUCAUGGUGCAUCAGGAUGAAUGCUCGACUUGAGAAAAACAGCUGUGUUGUACGUACGAAUGUUAUCCGGCGUAGCUUCGUCGAUAAAAUCGAACUGUGUAUACUGAUACUGUAUCGAAGUAAUGUAAGACUAAGAAGAGGCAGAAAAAUUAUAAUAGAGAAAGAGCUGACACCCUCUUGGUUUGAGUAAGUACUUAGGUCCGUAGAUUCUGCUUCGCUUAAUGAUAAUUCCACCUUGGUGGCGUGCUAGCAUGUGCUUUGACCUUUUUCAUUCACGGGCUUGCGCUGUUCCCGUUGCUGUAGCUAGCACUCCAAGUCUAUGCUGGUAAAAGAUGGAUCAUACUCACUGGUCUUUCACAGCUGGUUGUUGUUCUUGCAGAUGUCCAAGACGAAGACGUGGACGAACAACAACAUCAAAAUUCUUAUACUAGAGUAGUUUAUAGACGCUGGGUGGCUGGGCGGCCUCGCUGGGCGGCAACGCGGGGCACGCUGGGCGGCAACGCUGGGCACGCUGGGCGGGCGCUUGGAUAGCACUUAGCGGACUUGAGGGUGACACAUUGGGCAUGCCGAUCCUGCGCGGCCGCUGGAUUUACUUGCGCCUUGGGGACGCGCUGGCGGUGCAGCGCGUCCCUUGAGGACAAACAAAGGCGGCGCGCCGCCCUCAAGUUUCAGGGCAGUGCUGCGCCAGUUUGCGCAGUAGCGGGCUGCGCGGCGCCUGCUCUGUUCAGGUUUGCACUGCGUCGCGCUGCUCGAUGCGUGCAAUGCUGCGCCGCUCCUGUGCACAACGGUAAGCUCGCCAGCGUCGUUGGCCUUGGCUUACGCUAGAGCUAGACUAGCGCCGCUGGUGGGGUUCUAAAGCGGGCGCCCGAAGGGCGCCCCGCAAUGGGAGGUGCCCAGCGUGACGCUGGGCGCAGAAUUCGGCAGAUCUGGCACAUUUGGGUCGCCCAGCGACCCAGUGUGCCCAGCGUGCCCAGCCCAGCCAUGUUGGGAGCCCUUAUAAACUGUUCUAUUAUACAUAGUACUUCUAAUCCCAUCUUCACCACCUGAUCUUGUUCUUUUGUUCGUUGUUCUGCUCUAUGUGGGAAUGGUAUGAUCUUGUAUUAUGAUGAUUCAUGUACAACUUACGUUGUUGGAUACAAUAUGCUCGACGAAAACUACUAGUACGACUGUAAUAUGAUCAACAUUGUAUGUAUGAUUUCCGUCUCAUCUUUCUAUUGGACGAAGUACUUUUAAGAUUGACAACGGGUUCAAUCAAAAACGUGAUAAC